UUGUGGGGGGGUGUCCUUUGAAGGAUUAUGUCGUAGAUGUGAUUUUCACCAAUCAUUGUGAAGAACCGGUAAUGUUUGAAAGUAGCUCAAGUUCCAACCGUUGGGCGCAUUUUGAUUUGCAUACUGUAGCAGGCAGCCACCUUUCGCAGAUCUGCAAACAAGUUAGGGUUUCUCUGGUGAAAAUAUUGACAAGAUAAUGGAUUUGGAUACUUUAAAGUAUGCCGACUUGCGGCGACUUGCUAAAGAAGUUGGACUCAAAGCUAAUUUGAAGGCAGAUAAGCUCCUGAAGGCCUUGAAACAACAUUAUGAACAGAAGGAGAGUAACAUCCCAAAAAAUGAGAAUGAGGUUAAGGAGACGGCCUCCGAUGAGGACAACAGUGAUUCUGCCCAGAAUGUCCCAGUGCAGGAACCAGCUGGUUUUGUGACAAAACGUAGGGGCAGAGGGCAGAAGACCAAAAGGAAGCAUGAUGAUAUUGCAGAAUCCGAUCCAAAAUUAUCACCAUGCCCUGUGCAGAGUGAUGGAAUACUGGAUAAACCCGAAGAGGAGAUACGAAACUCCAAGAGAAGGAAGACUUACUUGAUGAAAAAUACGGAGGCAGUGGCUCCUGUGAUGGCAGAGAACGAGCCAGAGAAACUACUUGAGCCCACAAGCGACAAGAUUGAUACAGAAACAUCUGUGCCGGGAGAGGAGAAGCCUUUGAACAGACCUGCUGGCAAAAUCCCUCGUCUUAUUGGACUCACAAAGACCAAGCUGGUCUUAAAGCCAACCACACCAAACUUCAAGAAAUUGCACGAGGCUCAUUUUAACAAAAUGGAGUCCAUUGACGCCUAUGUCCAAAGGAAGCACCAGCAAGUUGAUUCUUUUAGGAACUCAGUGAAGGAACUGAAGACGCUCUCUGAGAAAACCAACCUGAAGUCUGUGAUGACGAAAAUUAACCCCAAACCAGCGGAUGGCAAGAUUCGGGCUAAGCCGAAGGUGAACAGAAGUUCCCUGUUCAGCCCUGCUGCCCAGAAGAAGAAGCCAGUCCCAGACAAGCGAAGAGUCACUCCGCUCUCCGCCAGCAAGCCUGCCCUGAAAGGCAGCACUGUCUUCAAACCCACAGUCAUCUCCAGUACCAAGAUCAACGUCAGGUUUUCCCAAACUACCCAGGACAACGAGCAUAAGCGCUCCCUCAUAAAGACUCCAGCUCGUAUGUCCACUCACGUGACUCUCACGUCAACCCCGGCAAAGAAAUCCACCACUGUGGGAAAGACUGGAGCAAACACUUCUGUCAUCAGUAGCAACAGAACUCCAGGAACCACAGCGUUUGUGUUCAGCGGAGACACAAUAGAUACUCCACAGGCAAACAAGAGCGCCUUUGACCUGAAGGCCAGUCUGUCUCGACCCCUCACCUACAAACCAUACACAGGAAAACUCAAGCCAUUUGGAGAAACUCAGAACACCCUCAACAAGUCUCAGACAGCUCCGUCAGUUCCGUCCCACCAGAAGAAUUACAAACAGCACCAAGUACAGACAAGGGAGAACCGGCGAGUGAAACACACAGAAGACCGGAAGCAGAAGAAGGAGAAGAUGCUGGGAGCCAGAAGAGGCUUAAACGUGACUUAAUUCUGGCAUAUUACUUUUUUUUUAUACAUGUAUGCAUAGAAACCCUGUACAUUUCCCCUUUAUCCUUGGAAAGAUAUGUGUUUGGUUGUUUUUUUUAACCCCUCUUUCUGAGCAAACGCUUUGGCAAAACUGUAAAUAUUUGCUUUUAAAAAAACAUUUGACUUUUUAAGUCUGUUGCUGUCUUAAAUUAAAUGGGCUACAUUGGGAGAAAAUAACUUCAUAUUAGGUACUUUAAUUGUUUCAUUAAAUAGCCAAUUCGAGUUA